AGAAGAGUUCAAACGGUUGAGUUUUUGCCUUCGUAAAGCGUUCGAUCAGUCUACUGAAGACCAGUCUCCGCAAAUCUGACAACUGACCAUGCAAUGGGAUGAUGUCGUCACACGCAUUCGCAUGCUCCCCGACUUUUCACGCUUUCUUCUGCCUCCGCUGUUUUCUGACCUCCAAAAGGUGGCCGAACAUGGUCCAGUUAUCGUCGUUAAUGCAAGUCAGUAUGGCUGCGAUGCCUUGAUUGUCCGCAACGCCGAAGAUCCUGUCCAUAUUCCGCUUGACAUCACACAAGCUGAAGCGUGCGAAUUAUCCUCCGAGUUCCACACACUCGCAGAGCAGUUUGGUUCUUCUGAUAAUCAACUCAAGCUUGUCGGCAUCCUUUGCAAGCUUUGGAAUCAUGUCGUUCACCCCGUUGUCCAAGCUCUCGGGGAGUCAAAUGUUUGCCCUGGUUCGCGUAUAUGGUGGUGUCCCACUGCGGAGUUCACGCUGCUUCCCCUCCAUGCAGCAGGACCAUAUGAGACGAAGAAAAAAAAUUUGGCUGACAUCUACAUCUCAUCUUAUACCCCCACUUUGACGACUCUCAUUCGUGCCAGACAGCGGCCUGAAGGUUCUCGAGAUGCGUCCUCGCAACAUUUUGUCGCCAUCGGUCAAGGCAACCCAGUAAACGGCAGGGAGCUUAAGUGUGUCGCUCCCGAACUAGCCGUCGUUGCUCAGCAUGUUACUCCCAUAGUCUCCUUCACAUCCCUCGAGGAUGCUAACGCUACAGUCGAGAAUGCACUCGAUGCACUCGACCAUAAUCAGUGGCUCCAUCUUGCCUGCCAUGGAAUGCCGAAUCGGACACAACCGUUCAAGUCUUCCUUCGCCAUGCGCGAUGGGCCUUUAAUGAUCAAGGAUAUCAUCCGAUCCAACUGGCAGAACCCGCAGUUCGCAUUCUUAUCGGCCUGCCACACUACCGUUGGCGACGAGAAGAGUCCCGAUGAGUCGAUUCACCUUGCUGCCGCUAUGCAAUUCUGCGGAUUUCGCAGUGUGAUCGGUUCCAUGUGGUCUGUUGAUGACGAGGUUGCACGCCAGGUCGUGUCCGCAUUUUACCGCAACUUUAUUGAUGAUUCAAAAAGAUUGGACUGCACAUGCGCUGCGGUAGCGCUGCACAAGUCUGUGGAAUCGUUGCGCAAGAAGAUUCCAUUAGAGCAGCAGAUUGUAUUUGUCCACAUAGGUGUAUAG